CGCAAUUCCAUAUUUAUUUGGUACCGGUCUUCACAAGUUGAUUUGGCCAAAUAUCAAACACAUGGUAUGCGCGAAUUGACUCCGUUCCUUCUCUCACCUUUUCCUCUCAACUCUCUUCACAAAAACCCAAGAUUUCAGCUACUCAUAUUAAGAAACAGUGAAAUAACAAAUGGGGCUUUCGAGUUUUCCCAGUCCAGCUGAAGGAAUGCUACCGGUAUUGGUAAUGAACACAGUGUUAUCAGCUGCCUUAAUCAAGAACAUGUUGAAAUCAAUGCUUCAAAUGGUGGGUGCUACUUGGGAUCAAUCCAAUUCGCAAGAAGAAGAAACAUCAGUUUCUAAUGAAAGCAGUAGUAGCAGCGGCUCAAGAGAAAGAAGAGUGUCAAUUACUAGGUACGAGUCUUUGUGUAAGAAUAGGUGUGAAGCUGAGAAAAGCGGCGGCGGCGGCGGCGGCGGCGGCAGAGAGACGACAAUGGAGUGUUGUGUGUGUUUAAGUAAGUUUAAAGAUGACGAAAAGGUGAGUGAGUUGUCGUGUAAGCAUUUCUUUCAUACGAGGUGUUUGGGCAAGUGGUUCGAUAAUCAACAUAGUACUUGUCCUCUCUGUCGUUCCAUUUUCUGACUGGAAUAUUGCAGAGUAUAGGUAGAUGAAUGGUAUCUGAUUUGACGCUUCAACUGUAAAUUAGUUGUUGGUUUUGGUUAUAUAAUUAAUCUAUAUAUAACUAAUUAAGGUUGAUUCGGUUCUGUAUUCUAAAGAUGAAUGAUGAUUCUUCCUCUUUCUUUAUCUUUAAUUUGCUAAAGAAAUGUCACUAUGGGAAAGAUGCUUUCCUUUUUUUCAACUUUUCUUGGCCUGUUUGUAAAAUAUGAUUGUGUAAGAUCAUAUUUACUAGUGGAAUUGAAAAGGAAGAAUUAGCAGAAAGUUACUA